AUGAAAUCGAACUUUCCACUGUUUCGAUUAACAGCCACCACAUCUCUUCUUAGAUCUUCGUUUCUCUACACAAAUCCUCGUCUCUCUCCCUCCACGCGUCGAUUCAGAAACUCCUCCUUAACCACCGGAGCCACCUUCAUUCGCCGUGUCAAAGCGGCGGAAGAGAGACGCAAACGCUCCUCCCUGAUCUCUGCGAAGAAGACGGUAAUGGCGCCGGCGAUUGAAUUGGAUCAGUUCAUUCUAGGGACAUUUGUGGCUUCUUCUCUAUUCGCAAUUGUGAUUCUCUGCGUUUUACGCCGGAGCAGUGGUGACGAUGCGAAUUUAAACCGGAGUAACAAGAAGAAUCGUGGGCUCGUCCUUUCUCAGAACGACGCCGUAUCGACGGAGGAUGAUUCCGGCAUCGAUGUUAUCAUCGUCGGAGCUGGUGUUGCCGGACGAAGAGUUCAUGUAAUAGAGAGAGACUUGUCUGAGCAAGACAGAAUCGUCGGUGAAUUGCUUCAACCUGGUGGUUACUUGAAGCUAAUCGAGCUCGGCCUUGAGGAUUGUGUGAAGAAGAUAGAUGCUCAACGAGUUCUUGGUUAUGCUCUGUUCAAAGAUGGGAAGCAUACUAAACUUUCUUACCCCUUGGAAACGUUUGAUUCGGAUGUAGCUGGGAGAAGCUUCCACAAUGGUAGAUUUGUGCAGAGGAUGCGAGAAAAAGCCGCUUCACUUUCAAAUGUACGAUUGGAGCAAGGAACAGUUACUUCGCUGCUUGAAGAAAACGGAACAAUCAAAGGCGUUCAGUACAAAACGAAAGACGGCAAUGAGCUUAGAUCAUACGCUCCUCUCACCAUUGUAUGUGAUGGUUGUUUCUCCAACUUGCGUCGCUCUCUCUGCAAACCUAAGCCUGUGGCUUCUACCAUUAAUACAUUGGCGGGUGCGUUGUACAAGGUCUUUUUAGCAUCUUCAGAUGAAGCGAAGAGGGAAAUGCGUGAAGCUUGCUUCGACUAUCUUAGCCUUGGAGGUGUUUGCUCAUCUGGUCCUGUUGCUUUGCUCUCUGGUUUAAACCCUCGUCCUCUGAGUCUAGUUCUACACUUCUUUGCCGUGGCGAUCUACGCUGUUGGUCGUUUAAUGCUACCGUUUCCUUCGAUCAAAAGCUUUUGGCUCGGAGCUAGGGUAAUCUCGAGUGCUUCAGGCAUCAUCUUUCCGAUCAUUAAAGCAGAGGGAGUCAGGCAAAUGUUCUUCCCUCGUACUAUUGCUGCCAUGUAUCGUGCUCCUCCUCCUCAACCAGGAGCCACAGAGAUUGAAUGAUCAGAGGUUUUUCAGGCAAGACUGUCCUGGAACAAGUGUAACAUAGCUCUUUAAGUAUAUAUAUGAUUGAGAGCAAAGAGUCUUGUAAGUGCAUCAAUGUUGUAUAUUUUGAUUAUCUUAACAUCUUGGACUUUGUAGCAAAAGCAGAACUCGAACCUUGUACAAACUCAGGCUUGAAGUAGAAGUAAAAAUUAGAAUCUAACGGAUGUUAACGCCCUUAAAAUGUUUAAAGAAUCUCUG